CCCGCUUCAGGACGUCACUGAAAGCGAGAGGACAGCAUCUUGGCUGAUCCAGCUCUUUCUUUAGAUAACUGAAUUCAACCAACCGAACAGGAUCGACUCCUCUCUUUCUCUCGCAGCCCUCCAGCCACCAAAACACGGCCAAAGGAGAGGGAUGUCACAGCGGAAAGAAAGCCAGUCCGCCUCGGUCUGCCUGGGAAACACGCAGUGCGCCGCCGCUCCUCACGCUUACGCGCCGGGUAUCUACUUCUUUUACGCGCUCUCCGGAGUCAAGUUGGUCCAAUUUUGGAUCUAUUGACUAUUGAUCCGUCCCCUCUCCGUCGGCGGCAACAAUGCUUCCUAGUCCGGUCAUAACUUCUUCCACCACGCCUUUUUCUGUGAAGGACAUUCUGAAGUUAGAGUUGCAGCAACAAUCUCAGCAGCACCAGCUCCAGUACAUCUCCUGCUUCGGUCUCUCCGGUGCGCUGUCGCAGCCGGGAGCCUUCCCAAACAAACCCCACCGCUCUCACUCGCCGCCCUCCUGCAUGCUGGCCGGCAGGGACAGUCCAAGUCCCCUUAGCUCGGGCCUCUCGGAGAGCGAGGACAGGAUGUCCUACCUCAACGCGCUGACGGUACCGGACCGCCUGGCGGGGUCCGGUCUGCCGGUCGAGAUGUUCGGCAACCCGGCGCAGAGCCACUCUGCAGACCUCCGGCUGGAGACCGAGCAGGAGGACCAAGACAGCAACAGCUGCGGUGUGUUGCGGGGUGAGUGUGAGGAUCCAGAUUCGGAGAAACCCGCCACCAAGCAGCAGAGGACCAGGAGGAAACCCCGCGUCCUCUUCUCCCAGGCUCAGGUAUUCGAGCUGGAGCGGCGCUUCAAGCAGCAGCGCUACCUCUCCGCCCCGGAGAGAGAGCACCUGGCCAGCUCCCUGAAGCUCACCUCCACCCAGGUCAAGAUCUGGUUCCAGAACAGGCGGUACAAGUGUAAGAGGCAGCGGCAGGACAAGACCCUGGAGAUGGCGGGUCAUCAUCAUCACCACCACCACCACCACCCACCGCCGCCGCCCAGGAGGGUGGCUGUGCCGGUGCUGGUCCGGGACGGGAGGCCUUGUCUGACUGGAUCCCAGAACUAUAACGCUUCUUACACGGUCGGAGCUCCAAACCCGUACAGCUACAACGGUUAUCCAGCCUACAGCUUCAACAACUCGGUGUAUACUAACACUUACUCUUGUACUUAUUCCAGUUUACCUGCUCUGCCGCCCAGCAACACCACUGCUAAUGCUUUUAUGAACAUGAAUUUGGGAAACCUUGGUGCACAGACGCAAAGCCAGGCUCCCCAAGGACCAGUGGUCACACCCUGCCAAGGAACCCUGCAGGGCAUCCGGGCAUGGUAGCGCGGUCUUUAUGCGCAGUCCCAGCUGGGGGAGACUUCUCUCGGAGGGCCGAAUGGACCCAAGCGCUCAAAUCCGGCCCACUGAUGCAACAAGGGGAGCACAAUUCCUAACUCCGUGGCCCUUUACGGAAAGUACAGGCCGGGUGGCUGUAACUCAAGGCAGGGCCUAUGAGGAAAACCCCAACCCCGCUAACCGAGAUACCAGGCCUUUAUCUCUCUGAGCCACAGUGGAUAGAAAACUUUUUGAACCUGCUGUUGAAUAUUUGAUUGUAGGACUGAGUGUCGUCGAUGUGAAAAGACUGUGCGUAACCUGGCCUGUUGUGGUUCAAAAUGGAUGUCAAGUGCGUCACAAUAAAGGGAAAUUGUGCGGACGUUUUCAUACAAACAUACAUUUUUUUAUCCAUACAGUAUAGCCCAUAAUUCAUUAAUUAAUUAU